AUGCUCGGUCAAGGCCUACGUGGUAUCCUGGAGCAGCCGAACACUGGUUUUCUAACCAUCGUUGAAUCACUCAAAUACUGUGAAGUUGGCUGGUACUUGAAAAACCCAGCAUAUCCAGUAUGGGUUCUCAGCUCCGAAACGCAUCUAACCGUACUUGCCUCCACGGAGCCGAACUUGGUGUACCGAGAGGCUGUCCUCUCAGUGGGUUAG